AUGUCUGUGGAUAGCACCACACCAGUGAAUCACACCUUCCUCACAGGCUUUGUUCUUUUGGGAUUUCCAGUAUCCAACGAGCCCUUACUUUUCUUGACUUUUCUGAUGAUCUAUCUCUUGUCGUUAGCGUGUAACUUCCUCAUUAUAAGAACUGUCUGUCAGGACCCAAGGCUUCAUAGCCCCAUGUACUUUUUCAUCUGUUCUUUCUCAUUUCUGGAGAUUUGUUAUACUUCAGUCACCAUGCCCAGACUGCUCAGAGACUUAUUGUCACAGGACAAAAUCAUUAAAGUAUCAUAUUGUGUAUCCCAGUUUUAUUUUCUUUUUGCCUUUGGUUCUACAGAAAAUUUUUUGCUUUCUGCAAUGGCCUAUGAUAGAUAUGUAGCUAUUUGCAACCCCUUAAGAUAUAUGAAUAUUGUAACCCAUAAAGUCAUGUCCUAUGCACUUGUUAUAGCAACUGUUUCUAAAAUCCCUUCACCAAGCGGCAGAAGGAAGACUCUGUCUACUUGUGGUUCCCACUUCAUGGUUGUCUGUAUGUUCUAUGGCUCUAUCAUUUUUAUGUAUGUCAGGUCUGACGUGAGAAUUCCAACUAAAAUUGAUAAAGUUGUGUCAUUGUUCUACUGUGUUGUAACGCCAACCUUGAACCCUAUGAUUUAUGCACUAAGAAAUAAAAAUAUGAAGGAGGCACUCAGAAGGAAUGGGAAAAUGCUAUUUUUAAGACUGAAUUAA